CCAUUCUCACCAUUCCUCCAUAGACAGCAAAAACGCAUCAAUCAAAUCUUCUUAAGCGAUAUACAAAUUAGAAAUGGCUCUGAUUCCAAGUUUCUUCGGUAACUCACGAAGCAGCAUUUUCGAUCCUUUCUCUGCUUUCGACGUUUGGGAUCCAUUUAAAGACUUUCCUUUCCCUUCAUCUUCUUCAAUCGUCUCUCGUGAUCUGCUUUUGCUAACACCUCGCAUAGACUGGAAAGAAGACACCAGAGCUCAUUAUCUUCAAGGCUUUGUCCCUGGCUCAAGAAAGAGGAAGUGAAAGGUAGAGGUUGAAGUGAACAGAGUUCUCCAAAUCAGCGGGAGGAGAGGGACUGUGGAUGAAAGAAGACAGAACGAUACUUGAGCGCUCGGUAGCGUAGCCAGUGGCAAGUUUCGUAGCAGUGGCAAGUUCUUGAGGAGUUUCAGGCUGCCGGAGAAUGCAAAGAUGGAUCAAGUGAAGGCUUCAAUGGAAAAUGGAGUUCUUACUGUAACUGUUCCUAAGGAGGAAAUCAAGAAACCUGAUGUGAAGGCUAUUGAGAUUUCUGGCUGAGUUUUACAAAUUUGAGCAUUAAAAUGAAUGUGCUUGGAGAGAUUCAGAAGUUGUUUGAUGUAAUAAAUUAAUGAACAGAGAUGGAGUCUUGAGUUGUAAAAUCUACUUUCAAUUUUUUUAAAUUUCUAACAGCUGAAUUUCACAAAUUUAA